GCGGAGGAGAGAGAGGCGACGAGGGAGGAGACGCGAGGGUUAGGGUUUUGUGGGGGGUUCGGGGUGGGGCGCUGGAUGAGCGAUAGUGGUGAGGCGGGGGAUGGUGCUGUGCUCCAUGCGGAAGUCGUUCAAGGAUUCGCUCAAGGUGCUCGAAGCUGAUAUCCAGCACGCCAAUAAUUUGGCAUCGGAAUAUCCAAGGGAAUAUGAUGGCGCAUGUCUUCAGAUGCGACUGUCGUAUAGUCCUGCUGCACACAUGUUCCUUUUCCUAGUGCAGUGGACGGACUGCAGCCUUGCUGGGGCUCUUGGUUUACUGAGAAUUUUAAUUUACAAGAUUGACAUGCAGGUUUAUGUUGAUGGGACAACAACUAUGUCGACCCAUGAAAGGAAAGCAAGCAUUAGAGAAUUCUAUGCUGUAAUUUUUCCCUCUUUGCUGCAACUGCAAAAGGGGAUCACUGAUGUGGAAGAAAAAAAGCAGAAGGCGGUUUGUAUGGAGCGGUAUAGGAGGAGAGACGAUGAUGAGAAUAUGCAGUUAUCUGACAUAGAUGCUGAGAGGGAGGAAGAAUGCGGGAUUUGCAUGGAGAUGAACAGCAAGAUUGUGUUGCCCAACUGCACCCAUGCCAUGUGCCUUGAGUGUUACAAUGACUGGAACUCGAGGUCGCAAUCAUGCCCCUUCUGCCGCGACAGCUUAAAGAGAGUUAACUCUGACCAUUUAUGGAUAUACAUAGACGCGAGAGAUAUCGUUGACCAGGGCACCGUCUCGAGAGAAAACCUCAGGCGCCUCUUCAUGUACAUAAACAAAUUGCCGCUGAUUGUUCCCGACGUAGUCUUCGAUUCCUACGAUUCUCACGUCAAAUGAGCUUACCACGCCUGAUUCCCAUUACUGCUGGUGGCUUUCACAUUCACGCCCUCAGCUAGUGCCGCCGCUCCACACUCAGUCUCGAUCGUUUUAUGCUCGAGAGUUCUUUCCACUUUCUGUUUCGAGUAAUGAAGCUAGCUUCUGCUACUUCCGAAAGCAGCUCGAGAACUCGAAGAAGCUGGUAGUGGAAUUUGUCUAUAAGUUUCUGUUAAGAUCUUCUCUAGCUUGUAAAUGAGCCGCCUUACGGUUAAGGUGGUAGUUAUGUUGAACUAAUUCCGUAGAGCGUAAGCAAUAUAUAGCCAUCUGUAUGUAUUUCUCUUCUCGCCGCUUUAUAACACUUGUUUCAUCUAUGAAAAGAAAGCUAUAAUUUCCACUAA